AGCAGGAGAUGAUGGUCAGUCGCGCGAGAGCAAUCAGCACGAAAACAACCUCCUUCUUCGCGAAACUCUGAAGAACAGGGAGUGCGCGCGAAGGUCGCGACAAAAACAAACCUUUUAAAUUCGCGAAAAUUGACCCAAUUCAAUUAAUUUAGUGGCAAGACGUCUAGACAGCAAUAAGAACAUCUUUAAAACAUGGGCAACGACCUCAAAGAGUUCCUGCGUCAGGCGGCGAUGCAGGUCGGUGCCGGUGGAUCGGCCGGUUUCGUCGAAGUUUGCAUCAUGCACCCGCUGGAUCUGGUCAAAACGAGACUCCAGCUGCAGGCCAGUCCCGGAAGCGCCGCUGCAGCAUCGUCAGCCACCUACUACAACGGAGUGUUCGAUUGCAUCCGCAAGAUGGCCAAGGCGGAGGGCGUCUUCUCGCUGUACAAGGGCAUUUUACCGCCGGUGUUGGUGGAGACGCCGAAGCGGGCGGUCAAGUUUCUGACCUUCGAGCAGUACAAGCGGUUCUUUCUGUUUGGGUCGGACAAGCCGACGCCACUGACGUUCUCGCUGGCUGGGUUGGGUGCCGGAGUAACGGAGGCCAUUCUGGUGAAUCCGUUUGAGAUGGUUAAGGUUACGCUGCAGGCGAAUAAGAAUAAAAUGGGCGAGGUCCCGAGCACCUGGGCCGUCACGCGCCAGAUCAUCAACGAGUCGGGCUUCGGGCUGGGCGGGCUGAACCGGGGCCUGACGGCGACGAUCGGCCGCAACGGCGUCUUCAACAUGAUCUACUUUGGCUUCUACCACAGCGUCAAGGGCGUACUGCCGGAGUAUCAGGACCCCGUCAAGGAAUUCCUCCGGAAGGUGGGCAUCGGAUUCGUGUCCGGCACGUUAGGGUCCAUCGUAAACAUUCCGUUUGAUGUGGCCAAGUCCAGAAUUCAGGGUCCUCAACCGGUCCCCGGACAGGUCAAGUACAAAUCCACCUUUGGAUCGAUGGCGAUCGUGGCCCGGGAGGAAGGUUUCGGUGCGCUGUACAAGGGACUCACGCCCAAGGUGAUGCGGCUGGGACCGGGUGGCGCCAUCAUGCUGGUGGUGUACGAUUACGUGUACGAGUUUUUGGACGGGUACUUCAAGUGAAACAGAGAGAGUGCGAAUAGUACGAAGAGCGAGAUCGAAUACCUCAAACGAUGACCAGUGAAGAGAUGUUUUAUUGAAUUCCAAUAUUUUAGCACACGUGAAAAGCAGCAACACAUUUUUACAAAGCAUUUGUUUGUAUUUAAAACAGUUUUAAGAAAACUUUGCAUUUUUUUUUUAAAUAUGUUCCAUUAACG